GGCACAGAUUUUUCCAUCGCAGCUAUCAUGGCGCGGGGGGCUGCCAGCAGAGAGCCCUCCGAAAGAAGUAUGAGUCCAAUCUCGGUCGAUCGCUUUCCCGAAGUUGACGAUGAGGUGGAUGUCGAUGUCGAGCAAUGCAGUGACUCGGAGGCGCCAUCACGCGCAUCACGUACAAACACAUCCAACUCGCGAGCAACACCCACAAGUCCCUCGGAUGAGGAACGAUUGACGCCAGAACCAACGCCUCGACCACAAAUCCAGGGAUCAUGCAACUCUGAUGAUCUACGUCCAGUGCAAUGUCAUCUAGAAACUAAGGAAUUAUGGGAUAAAUUUCACGAAUUAGGCACCGAAAUGAUUAUCACCAAAACUGGAAGACGAAUGUUUCCGACGUUACGCGUUUCGUUCUCAGGCCCAUUGAGACAGUCCCAUCCCUCGGAUCGGUAUGCCGUCUUGCUGGAUAUUGUCGCGGUGGAUUGUCGUCGUUACAGAUAUGCCUAUCACCGGUCGUCGUGGCUCGUCGCUGGCAAAGCUGAUCCUCCUCCGCCGCCGAGACUUUAUUCGCAUCCCGAUACGCCCGUGGGUCCCGAUGCGCUGCGCAAACAAGUGAUAUCUUUCGAAAAAGUCAAGUUGACGAACAACGAGAUGGACAAAAAUGGUCAAAUUGUACUUAACUCGAUGCAUCGCUACCAGCCGCGCAUUCAUUUGGUGCGUUUGGGACCUGGCCAAAAUAUUCCCACGUCGCCGAAGGAACUGGCCGAAGUGGAUCACAAAACUUACGUUUUUCCGGAGACCGUUUUCACGGCAGUCACGGCAUACCAAAAUCAACUAAUCACAAAGCUGAAAAUCGAUUCGAAUCCGUUCGCAAAAGGAUUCCGGGACUCGUCUAGACUAACAGAUUUUGACAGAGAUCCAAUGGAUUCCUUCUUGCUGGAACAACAUCUCCGUACGCCACUUCGUCUUUUCCCCGACCCAUUUACGCCGCAAAUGCUGCCCCAAGAUCCCGAAGCGCAAGCCGCCUUCAUCGAAAAGGCCCGUCAACAUCUCCAGAUGUGGGGCAGAUCGCCGUAUUCCGAACUUUUGCUGCCCCAAAUGUACCAACGACCCAAUUUGGGUGCCCUCAAUAUCGGACUGUGGCAAGCGGCGCAACAAUGGCCUCCGCAGCUCUCGGCAGGCUUUCUGGCGGCAAAUGCAGCAGCAGCGGCGCAACAACAACAACAGAAUGCACGAACACCUCCUCCAGCGGUAUCGACGCCAUCGAGCUCGGGAUCGCCGUCACCCGAUAUGCGAGCGAAGCACUUUCAACGUUUCAGUCCGUAUCAAAUUCCGCAGCAUCAUAACACGAGUUCGUCGUCGUCGUCGCGAGGUAGUCCUCCAAAUACUGCCGCCGCCGCCGCGAAUAACAACAACAACUCAAGUACUAACAACAAUAAUAGCAAUUGA